AUGAGAAAAAUUAAAAUUGUAAUCUGGCUACUGGUCAGUGCAGUGGUUUCCGCGGUGGGUCAUCUUCAUUUCCCAAAGGAAUUUCUUGAGGCAGUGCACAAAGAACGAUCCUUUUCAAGUCUUCUUCUGAUGCAAAGCGGAAUUCAUAGGAACGAUCUGCUCCGGGGACUUUAUCCCGUACCCUGGCCCAUAAUUCGUUUGGAUGAAACUCAAAGAAUCGAGUUGGUGGACCAUUACAAUAAGGAAUUGCUGGCUCUGGUCUACAUGGAGUCUCCCGAGGAUAUAUUGUUACUCUCAGCACUGGCUGUUGACUUGAAUCACAUCAGAGAUACCAGGAUUGUGAUUUGGCUACAGCGCAACUCUUCUACAGUCCUACUCGAAGACAUCACACGAGAGGCAGUCAAGCACAAGUUCCUCAAUCUCUUAGUAAUUGAGAAUACAUUAAAAAUGCAACGGUUUUUUCCAUUUCAUCAGUCGAAAUUGCAAGUCAUCGAGAAACCUCGUGAGAUUUUCUCUGUACCUUGGCGCAACUUUAUGGGCAAGGUAGCUCUGACGAUGCCCGACCUGGUGCCACCAAGGAGUUUCUUUUCGAUAGAUCCACGAACGGGAGGCAGAAAGCACAGUGGCUAUGUUUACAAUCUGAUAAGGACCUUUGCCAACCAUUACAACAUCACGUUGAAAUUGCUAAGGCCUUUAAAUCAAAGUUUGCACCAAAUUGACAUCAUACAGAAGACAAUGAGGGGCGAGAUCGAUCUGCCAAUUACCGGGCAGUUGACCAACUUCAGACACCCGAACGGAUGCAGGACUGACACUGUUAUAGGGAUAACAUCACUGACUAUUGUAGUGCCUUGCGGCAAAGAGCUGUCAAUGUUCGAGCGGUACUUUGUCCUCUACGGACAUACACCAAGCGUAAUCUCUUUGGCAUCAUACAUUCUCCUGAGCAUUAUAGAGGUUGUUUUUCGGACUCUGAACGAUAGACUCACGAUCAAUCGCGGUCCCAGCCGUUUUGAAUUUGCGAACGUAGUGCUUAACCUGCAGGUGAUCCGUUGCAUUCUGUCCAUGUCGAUUCCAAUGGGAAAUCGACUGCGAUCCGUCAUGGGACAGCUUACGGUGAUGACCAGUUUUGUGGGCCUGAUUUUGUGCUGCAUUAAUGCCGCUCGUUGCAGCACUCUGCUGACCAUGAAUCCCCAGUACCGGCACAUUAUGAACUUUGACGAGCUACGCGAUAGUCACAUAACAGUGGUCUUUAACAACCUGAACUACAAGACGAUCCAACUGGAGAUGGACCCCGAGUUUGUGUCAGAGUUUCUGCCAAAUGUCUGGGUUGUGAGCAGCCGUGAGCAAAUGAAGAUGCUCAGUGAUUUGAAUACCAGCUAUGCCUAUCAGACAUAUUCGUACAAAAACGAUCCUUUUUCGCUGCUUCAAAGACACUCCGUACGAAAAGCUUUGUGUAGGUCCCCCAAACUGGAUCUGGUCAGCGGACUCACCUACUCUUCGGUUCUGCAGAAGAAUUCGGUUUACGCAAUGGCUUUGCAGGAUUACCUAUUUCAUGUGUGGGGCGCCGGGCUUGUUAACUACUGGAUCGAAGAAGCGGUUUGGGAACUUACAUCCUCAGUGAGGCAUACCCGAUUUGGCAAGCUACCCACUGCAAUCGGUUUCGAAGCUCUGAAGCUCGAGGAUUACAAAAGCAGCUGGCGAGUACUCUUACUGGGUUGUACUCUAGCUUUUUGUGUUUUCAUCGCGGAAGUACUUGCAGUUUGGCUAAAAGGGAGAAGGAGGAAUACGGUUAUCUAG